CGUAGAGCACCUGAAGGCAUCAUAAGACCGAGCGCACAUCACUACAUGCGGUGACUUCAACCACGCCGUUAAACUCAAACACAGACGGCAAAUGUUUAGAAGAGAAGCCGGGGGAGUCGAGAGCAUUUCUGCUGUGCAGUGGUACCCUGAUAGCAUUAUUAGCUUAAAAAGAUUGUUGAUUAACAACGGAUAUAUAACGCCGUAAUUACUCAAACCUUAUCCUUAGAAUGACGAGCAACAUAGAGGCAGUUUCGGGCUUUUAACAACCUCCGGAGCUAACGGUAGUUCAACUCGAGGUGUUAAGUCAACGUAAGUUGGGUGUAGUUGUUGCGUUAUUCAUUGGUGAUACAGUACCGACGCUGACGUUAACUCAUCAUCAGGUUAGCAUUAGUCAACACUAUCAACAAAAGCUACAAGCUCCAAAGUCAAGUCGAUUUCCAACAUAUUCAGCGUGGCUCACGUUAAUACCAAAUCGACUUCGCUGACUUUUAAUCAAAAGGAUUUCUACUUGAACAGAAACAAACACUGGACAUUAACUUACCUACGUCAAGGAGCUGAAUGGCCUCUGUUGUAGCAGUGAAAACUGAGAAGCGACCUGCGGCUGAUUCUCAGGAUGCAGAUUCAAAUGCAAAAAAGCCCAGGAUUUGGGAAGCACCUUCCUUGGAACCGUCAUCACUCAAUCUCUGCCUGCCCCAAAGGAAACUGCUGCCCAGCCUGAAGACCAAGCGAGCCCCUGAGCUUGUCCUGGUGAUUGGUACAGGGGUGAGCUCUGCAGUCGCCCCUCAGGUUCCUGCUCUGCGCUCCUGGAAGGGCCUCAUCCAGGCAUUGCUUGAUGCAGCCAAUGACUUUGACCUGCUGGAGGAGGAGGAGAGCCGGCGUUUCCAGAAGCACAUGCAGGAAGAUAAGAAUUUGGUGCAUGUGGCCCAUGACCUCAUUCAGAAACUUUCUCCGAGAACAGGCAAUGUGCGAUCCACAUUCUUCAAGGACUGCCUAUACGAGGUGUUUGACGAUUUGGAGUGCAAGAUGGAGCACGCAGGGAAACAUCUACUGCGCUCAGUGUUACAGUUAAUGGAGAGCGGUGCCCUGGUCCUCACUACUAACUUUGACAACCUGUUGGAGAUAUAUGCAGCUCAUCAGGGCACCAAACUGGAAUCUUUGGACCUGACAGAUGAGAAGAAGGUGUUGGAGUGGGCACAGGAGAAACGGAGGUUAAGUGUUCUACAUAUCCACGGUGUUUACACCAACCCCAGUGGUAUUGUACUGCACCCUGCUGGCUACCAGAAUGUACUGAGGAACACUGAGGUCAUGCGUGAAAUCCAGAAGCUGUACGAGACCAAAUCAUUUGUGUUUCUCGGCUGCGGGCGCACAGUAGACGACACAACCUUCCAAGCUCUGUUCCUAGAGGCAGUCAAACACAAGUCAGACCUGGAGCACUUCAUGCUUGUGCGGCGUGAGGACGUGGGUGAGUUCAAGAAGCUGCGUGACAACAUGCUGGACAAGGGCAUCAAAGUCAUCUCCUAUGGAGAUGAGUAUGCUGACCUGCCCGAGUACUUUGAGAGGCUGGCCAACGAGAUCUGCAACCGUGAUGUGUCUACCAACGGCUGGGGAUCUCCCUUACAAACUGAGGAGGAGCAGCAGAAUGGCUUUAACACACAGAAAAGCCUCCUUCAAGACUAUCAUUCCUGACAGGCACAUGGUCGGGAUCAGUAUCAGUCAUUUUUCUCCACAGCUCUGCCGAGAGAUCUGUGUAUUUCGAAUAGUACACAAUUCACUCAGUGGAUUUAGGAAUCCAGGAACAUUAUGGGCCAUGGGAGACCUUAAAGCUGUUGUCAGUAUUUUUCAGAUGUUCUUUUUUCUUCCUUUCUAUCAGUUUUCAUUUAAAAGGGAAAGGAGAAAUUUAAGUAAACCAUGAAUGCCAACACCUAACCCCACAGACCCCAUGGUACUGUAUUUAAAUGUUGCUGAAACCUCAACACUUGCACAGUUAAAUGCUAGUUUGAAGUAUGCAGAUGAUGCAAUGGUAUGCUGCUUGGAUCUGGACAUACAUUAAACAAGAAUGCAGUUAAACAAACUGUAUCACCAUGACCCUAUCUGCCCUGUAAGCUCCAACACACAUCACAUGCUUUAAACUGAAAACAAGUCUUGUUGAUUUGUAAGGAUUGUAUCUGUCAUGCUCAACCCUGAAACCAGGAAAACUUGAUUUGCACAUUGCUGGAAGGGGAAUGGGAAUGGUGGAAAUAAUUCUCAGUCAUGGACCGUUACUUGGUUUUGCAAACGCAUUAAUGUUGUGAUUCUGUCCUAAAAUGUGAGUUCAGGAGAGUAUGUUGUCGUAGCAGAGAGGCUCCCUGCCAGUAGCAAUCACUUUGCCACUCUUGUGCUGAAAAUAAAAAUGUUCUUUGUAAGCCUUUUUUUGUAUUUUUAAUACUUGCAUGUGUUUUCUGACAUAGUAUUUAUAAGUACUAUUUUCAAAAUAAAGCUUUUGGUAUCCCA